AUGAGGGUUACGGGAAGAAGCCGAGCAAAUCUACCGGAAAGCACUAACACUUACCGCCAAGCUGGAGCUGAAUCCAAUAUUAAUGACCAAUCUUCGCCGGGGGGCUUGACUGGGCGCAUUAGUAUCGGUUCAAUACGUUUGCUGCGGUCAAUGCCUGAUUACUGUUCUACCAAUGCCUUUGAACGUCAAGAUCAUCAUUUCUGUACACGUCUGCGUAAAGAACGCCUGUGGUUUUCAUUCUUUAUUUUAUUCUAUUUGGGAUAUCUAAUUAUCGGGGCGGUGACAAUGCAUAUAAUUGAAGUGCCCGUUGAGAAAGAGAAACGCCAAGAUUUCUUCGAAUUGCGUAACAAUUUUCUUGAAAUGUAUCCGCAAGUUUUAGAUGAUCAUUUGGAAGAUUUUCUGGCCGCUGUUGUACAAGCGAAAGGCGCUGGUAUAUCCCCAUUGCGCAAUGACUCGCAAGAUAUUAAUUGGACUUUUGGACAAGCAAUUCUCUUUACAACCAGCGUAAUAACCACAAUUGGUUAUGGCCAUGUUAACCCAUUAAGUGAUGGCGGGAAAAUAUUCUGCAUUAUAUUUGCUUCAAUUGGCAUACCAUUGACGCUUGUACUGACAAGCGCUACCGUUGAGAAACUUCUACCCUUAGCAAAUAAAUUACUUUGCGCCCUUAACACUAAAUUCGAUCAAACUUUGGACCCAGUAUAUGUAAGAAUGAUACUUUUAACCAUAAUAGCAUCCUUUGUUAUCCUUUGUUGCUUUGUUAUACCAUCUGUAAUAUUUGCUCUUUUGGAACCUUCGUGGACUGGUCUGGAUGCUUUCUAUUUCUGUUUUAUAUCGUUAACAACAAUCGGUCUCGGUGAUUUUGUCCCAGAAGAAGCAGUCGCCGAUGAUUCUAAUCUGUUUGUAUUAUAUAUGGUACUAGUAUGCAUGUACUUACUAUUGAGCCUAAUUUCAAUGAUGUUCGUACUAACAAUAUUUUACGAUAUACCGCAAAUGAAUUUGACUCACUUGCUUACCGAAGGCGAAUAUAGCGAACCAUUAGAAAGGCAUUUAACCGGUCGAUCUAGUACUUUUGAAGAAUCACUUCCUUAUCGUUCUUCUUCACCUCGACGCCCAAGAGUGCGCAUAGCAGAAGGCUCAACCAGUUCUGAGAAAUGA